AUGCUUCAGAAGUAUCACAGCACAGGGAAGGUGAAGUUUCUCCAGUACUUCAACCUCCACCGACACAGCACGCUCCUGCGCAAAGCCGCCCUUUCCCCACGCCUGGGCUUCUGGGCGGCACGGCUUCUGGGCGUGUCGCAGGUCCGCUUAUACCAGGAUGCACUUUUCAUGAAGUACCCGCGACAUGGACCUACUCGCUGGCAUUCGGACCUUGCUCUAUCCCCUUUCGACACAAACGCGUUCGUUACUGUCUGGCUUGCCUUGACACCGGUGCCCGCCAAGGGAGGGGCUGGACUUCGAUUUGCACGCGGUAGCCACCGCGACUAUACGCUGCACUACCACAGUGAUCUGGCGGAGAGCUACACGCAGGAUGACCUCAGCAGCCGCUACAUUAUCCAGGAGUCUUCGGACUUGGAGCCUGGAGAUGCUACGUGGCACCAUGGCUGGACAUUGCACGCAGCCUUGCCUUUGGACCGCAAGGCGCGAAGUCCACGAGUGGCAUGGGCCCUGAGCUUUGUUGCCAGCGAUGCACACAUUCUGCCGGACGAGUCCCUGAGCAUCGUCCAAGAAGCAGAAGACUCUGUAUCGUUUCGGCCCUGGAUUUGCAAAAUCCGACCGGGAAGUCGCGCUGAGCAUGCAAUGCUUCCGCUCCUUCCAGCAGAGCCCUGA